GCCCACAGCUGUGACACCUGUGUAGCUGUAGCAAAGCUUGAAAGCUUGCCGCUGUACUAGAGUCUGGCAGCUAAAGGGCUGAGGUUGAAGCUUCCUGGAGCGAGACCUCAGGCAGUUUCCCCACAUCCAGCGGUCGUCAUGCGGCCUGAGGAUCUCAGGGCGACAGUCCUUGUUUGCACUAAUCAUGCUUUUUCUCUGUAUGUCUUUUCUGUGUUGGGGAGAAUGAAUCAUGAAGGAAAGAAACAACUUUGGAGUGAUUUGCCUUUCAUGGAAAGGCUAGCCAGGACUAGAAAGCCUUGAUGCCUUUAUAGUAAGGAAGAAAGUCAACAGAUCAUAGAAAAUAUGAAGCCAGACCUAAGGUAUUGGUAUAGAAGGGUAUAUGACAAUUAGAAAGAUAGAUGAGUGUAUAAAUGAAAUUAUACAAAAAGUAUAUAGAGGGUGAGUUAAGCCUUGGCUGGUAAAAGUCUGGAUCUCACAGAUGUGGUCUUUGGCGCGAGACAGAUUUCACAAAAUUCUGAGAUCAUGCCCUUAAGCAACAACCCCCAUGAACUCCAAGCUGCGGAAGUGAUACACAGAAAUAGAUAUUAAAGUGCUUUGCUAUUGUCUACACAGAAAUAGAUAUUGAUAUAUUUUUGCUAUUGUCUUUUGCUGAUUCUAUGGAAUUGUAAAAGUUUGCUGAUUCUGAGUAAUUGUAAAAAUUAACAGUCUGAUGUAAUCCCCUGCCAAGUUCCUUGAUUGUAAAAGAAUAUAAGCACUGGUUUAGCAGAAGUAAAUCUGCAGCAGCACAUCAAUCCAUCGUGUGUCUGUCUGUCAUUUCCUCGCCGAUCCCUGACUUCUCCUCGAGCCUUCUCCCUGGUUCUCCCGCAGUGGUGGUCUCCCUCUGGGUGGUCUGCGGCAGGUGGCGCCCGAACAGGGACCUGAAGGACAGGAUGCCGAUUCCCCUAUCUGGAUCCCGGAUCGCCUUAUCCGACCUGCAAAGGGAGAAAAGAAGGCGCAAGCGCCACCGGAGAAAGCAACAGAGGAAGCUGCUGACGGAAAUGCAGAAGAUGAAACUCGGCGGCGGCGAGAAACCGAAAGUGACUUGGUCGCAGAUUCAGCUUCUGACUCGGAACGCGAAGAAGCUGCUGAUUGAGCAAGAAAAACCUCUCACCGCUUCAUUUUAUUUCACUGCCCUUUUGUCUUUGCUCUUUGCUCCGCUACCAGUAGCUCAGGGAGUUUCCUUUUGGGCAUAUGUUCCUAAUCCCCCAAUCAUUCAGCCUGUGGGAUGGUUAGAUCGGGAACCCAUCAAAGUGUUGACAAAUGAUUCAGUCAGGUUGGGUGGAGCUCAAGAUUCUGACGCUCGAAGUAGCUCCUCCUCUCUUAUAAAUUUUGAAGGCAGAGCAGAUUCACUACCAAUCUGCCUGACGCUGCAAGGGAAAGUGCCUUAUGGCUGCUUCCCCACAUCUUAUAGAACCUUCCUGACUGACGGUCCAGACAAAGCGAAUGCUGGUAGGCGAUGGGUUUGGGAGCUACAGAUACAAACUUUAGGAGACAAACUGUAUAGAGAUAAUUUUACUCAAGUUAAUACUAUUCCUAUAACUCCUUGCAUUCAAAAAUAUAGAGACAAGGAUCAAUUUUGGGAUUCUUCCUUGUCCAAGUUUCCAGCUUGGUUGACUUGUGGCUUUCCUAAUGCUGCUGCGUGGUAUGAACCACGGGGUCGUUGGAUGUGCUUAAAGUUUGGGACUACUCUAAUUCUAAUGACAAAGGAGAGACUUAUAAAGAUUACUUGAAUACUCAUAAAGAAAAAUUUCAUGAGUAUGUCUUUGAGGGACAUGGAGAGCCCCUUAGGAGAUGGUUUUCUCCAGGCCUUGUGGAGCCCACUUGGUUUGCAAAACAAGGCAACAUCACUAGAAAACAUCCUGAUUUGUUUAGGCUUGUUGCAGCUGCCAAUAUGAUGCUAGAGAAAAAACCUAACCAUACUCAACCAGAGGCCAUUGGUCUUCGAGCCUGUGUAUCUUACCCUAAUGCUUUACUCUUGACACAAUCUUCCUUUGUUAAUAUUUCACAAAAUGGUAAUUCAUUUCGGAUAAUUUGUAGUUCUUGUAAAUUGACAAAUUGUAUCACUUCCUCAGAGCGGAAAGAGUUGGGAACUGUGAUUCUGGUCAGGCGACCUCCUUUUGUCAUGUUGCCUGUAGAACUAGGUCCUGAGCCUUGGUAUGAUAAUUCAGCCUUACAGGUAUUGAGUACUUUGAGAGAUUUGAUUCGGCCAAAACGGUUUGUUGCUGCAUUAAUUUUGGGCAUUUCUGCAUUGAUUUCUAUAAUUACUACUUUUGCUAUUGCAACUACAGCUCUAGUUCAAGAAAUUCAUACUGCUCAUUAUGUGAAUACUCUUAGUAAGAAUAUUACUAUGGCUCUGCUAGAGCAGGAGGCUAUAGAUAAGAAAUUGGAGUCAAAAAUUAAUGUUUUAGAAGAAGUGGUUUUGGCUUUAGGACAAGAUAUUUCUAACCUCAAGACCACAAUGUUUGCUCGCUGCCAUGGUAAUUUUAAGUCCAUCUGUGUUACUCCAUUACCUUAUAAUACUUCUCAGCCUUGGGAAAAGGUCAAGGCCCACCUGCAAGGUGUCUGGCAAGAUACAGAUAUUACUCAUGAUUUAGAUGCACUUCAGAAAGAUAUCUCAGCUAUGAGUCAGGCUCAUUUACAGAUAGGAGGUUUACAAGACCUAGCGUCAGAAAUAGAAAAGGGAAUCAAAGAUUUGAAUCCGAUGGAUUGGCUGCAAUAUUUUAUAGUCAUUGGAAUGCUUAUUUUAUUGAUGGUGUUUGUCAUCUUUCUUUUCCCCUGUCUUAUUAAAUGUCUCUAUACUUCCGUACAAACGGUGCAACAGGACGUAUUCGAGCUUCAUUUUAAAAACAGAAAAGGGGGAACUGCUACGCCCACAGCUGUGACACCUGUGUAGCUGUAGCAAAGCUUGAAAGCUUGCCGCUGUACUAGAGUCUGGCAGCUAAAGGGCUGAGGUUGAAGCUUCCUGGAGCGAGACCUCAGGCAGUUUCCCCACAUCCAGCGGUCGUCAUGCGGCCUGAGGAUCUCAGGGCGACAGUCCUUGUUUGCACUAAUCAUGCUUUUUCUCUGUAUGUCUUUUCUGUGUUGGGAGAAUGAAUCAUGAAGGAAAGAAACAACUUUGGAGUGAUUUGCCUUUCAUGGAAAGGCUAGCCAGGACUAGAAAGCCUUGUUGCCUUUAUAGUAAGGAAGAAAGUCAACAGAUCAUAGAAAAUAUGAAGCCAGACCUAAGGUAUUGGUAUAGAAAGGUAUAUGACAAUUAGAAAGAUAGAUGAGUGUAUAAAUGAAAUUAUACAAAAAGUAUAUAGAGGGUGAGUUAAGCCUUGGCUGGUAAAAGUCUGGAUCUCACAGAUGUGGUCUUUGGCGCGAGACAGAUUUCACAAAAUUCUGAGAUCAUGCCCUUAAGCAACAACCCCCAUGAACUCCAAGCUGCGGAAGUGAUACACAGAAAUAGAUAUUAAAGUGCUUUGCUAUUGUCUACACAGAAAUAGAUAUUGAUAUAUUUUUGCUAUUGUCUUUUGCUGAUUCUAUGGAAUUGUAAAAGUUUGCUGAUUCUGAGUAAUUGUAAAAAUUAACAGUCUGAUGUAAUCCCCUGCCAAGUUCCUUGAUUGUAAAAGAAUAUAAGCACUGGUUUAGCAGAAGUAAAUCUGCAGCAGCACA